AUGUCCUGUAUGAAUCGUACACGUGCUAUGUCAAUGUCACCACCAUGUUCAACAGUUGUACUGAAUAAUACUCCAUCACCUGUUAUUGAUACUAAAGUGAAUUCAACACAAACUACUAAUUAUCAUUCAACUGAUACAUCUGAACGUAUAAAAGAUAUAAAUUCAGUGAAUUCACAAUUAAAACCAUCAUUAUUAAAUAACAGUAAUGAAAUAAUUAAGAAAAAAUCGAAUAUUGAUGUUGAAGUACAAGUGGAUUCAAUAAACAAACCUUUAAGAGUAAAUGAUCAAAGAAGUCUACCAAAUCAAAUAUAUCAUACACGUAAUAGACGUGUAUUAAAAUAG